AUGCUCCGUCCGAUUUUCCAGGGAGCUCAGUGGUAUCAGCAUGCGGCUUGCGCAAGCCAUUUCUCCUGCGCCUCGAAACCGCCGUUGCGCCGUCCAUUCUCCGUCAUAGCAUCGCGCCUCGUCGAUUAUGGCGACCCCAACGACAAAGUCCGCUUUUUCGAGCAAGACACCCGGGGAAGCAGGCGGAGAAUUGAGGUUGACCCGGAUGCCGAGGGACGUGCUGAACAGGAGGAAAUGAAAGGCCAUCUUGCGUCACUAGACCGAGAGUUGGAAAUUUUGAGACAGGGACCGUAUAGUCCGAACAGUCCGUUUAUGAAACAGCUCCCGGAAAAGGACAGGGCCAUUGCACUCGAGGCUCUUCGGAAAUAUGAAGCUGAACAUGGCAAAGACGACGAAAAAAUUGGAUUUGAAGAAAUCUUUGACAAGGAACUGGACGAUAUGCUUAGAGAGGAGUUUGAGGGUCUAGCCAGGGAGGAGGAGGAAGAUUGGGACCCGACGAAGCCUAUCGCAGAGCCAGAGCGUGUCCCCGCGAAGAGAAGAUUUGAAGGGAAUUUGAAGGAUGCGCCAGCGCACCCUUACGUGGAUCGAUUCAAUGAAUGUCUUUCGAGAGUCGUCGACGACUCGAAUACUUCCACCAGACACGAGCUUUGGAAAUGGUAUCGACGUUGCAAGCAAACGGUUCCAUCUUUCCUUCAAUCUAUAACAGAAGAGUCCGCACACAUCCUCUGGGACUCUCAGUUCCGGGAUGAAGUCUCUCCUUCCACUCGCCUGUCUCAUCUACGGACUCUUGUUGAGGAUAUGCGGUCGGUGGGUAGGACGCCAUCCACAACUGAGAUGCUCAUGUACAUCGAAGCACUAUACGAGGGAGGAGCAACGGCGGAGGCGUUGGAUGUGUGGGAGGCGCAACAGGCCGCUAUCAGUCAAGGACAGGGAGAUGUGGAUGCCUACUGGAAGCUAGGAGUCCGACUCUUUGCUGCCCAGGGAGACCCUCAGAGGGCCCAGGAUAUUGCGUUUGCCUUUCUUCUCAACGAUAAAUCCCGUCAUCCUCGUAUCUUGAUUCCAGUGAUCAUAGCAUGGGCCAGAGAAUCUGAAAAGGCUGCGGCGGCCAAAGCCUGGACUCUGUAUCUCCAGCUCAAAACGCUUCUGGGCCCUGACAUGACGAUGAAGGAUUACGAUUCGAUCAGCAUCGGUCUUUUAAAGGCUGGCAAAGUUGAUCUCGCCGUAGCAGUUUUCAAGGAUAUGAUGGUUACGGGGAAGGAUCCCUCGAACGACUCUACAGCACUCUACAAGGCGUCCCUUGGUCUCGCGGGGAAUCUUCAAGCUUCCAGCAUUAGUGAACAUGACGUGAACAAGGUAUCACUGUCGGCUUUGACGAUCUUACCACGGCAGUUUCAAAACAAAUUCUUCUAUGCCAGCUGGAUGAAGAAGCUCAUUGGAAUGGGGGAAAUUGACUCAGCCGCAGCAGUGGUGGAAUUGAUGUAUGAACGUGGGGUAAAACCAGAUGCAAAGCAUCUCAAUGGCAUAAUCGGCGCUUGGCUUCGACAGGGAAGCGCUACCGCCAGAGAUCAAGCUGAAAGGCUAGGUUGGGCCAUGGUUAAGCAACGUAUCGACUUGGUUUGGCAGAAGGAAUUUUCAAAUGCCUCCUCCGACGCCCCUUCAAAGCCGUCUGUUCCUGAUGAUUCAGAUGGCGUUCGCAUUCCGAAGUUCAUGCAGAGGACACUGCCUCAAGCGAAUAUAGAGACAUUCUCUAUUCUCCUUCUCCAUUAUACUCGCCGAGGUGAUGAUGACAUGGUGAAAUACCUAAUCAAGUGCCUGAAUGAUGCCCGGAUCAGACCAAAUUCAUAUUUCAUGAAUCAUCUUCUUUACGCCGAGCUGCGGAAGCAUGAUAUACACGCUUUGUGGCAGAAAUACAAUGCUAUGAAAGUCUCCGUCCAACCUGAUCUCGAGACCUUUGCUUGCCUCUGGGACUGUGGCAAGCUUCAGUACGAUCCUUCCAGAAGGGCGUUUGAUGCGAGUUUUCCAUCUGCUCGAGGUCUCUUUUCUGAAAUGAUGCAGUGGUAUUCCAAGCUCACACCGCGCGGCAAAAGGACUGCCCAGGAAGAGUUUUCGAAAGAUAUGUAUGACCAGAUCACGCGCUGCUUCUGUCUUUCGAAGGACCUUGCCGGUACACUUGUCGCACUGUACGCGAUGAGGGAUAUGUUCGGGUUUUUCCCGGACGAUGACACCGCGCGCAUGCUGGUACUACAAGUGGCACGGAUGGCUGGCGUUCCUCCGGGCACACCCAAGCAGAGACUGCGCAGGCUGUCCACCAUGCCCAGGGCUAAAGAGAACAUAGCGGAGGUCAACAAGCUACUAGAGCUGUUAAGCGAGCGGAAGGCAUCGAUGCUGGAAGCUCAAGGCUUGCGUGUCGAGCAACUGGACGACGAGGAACGGAAACAGUAUCAACUCGAAAUCAUGGCCGAUCUGCUCGGAUCCGUGAUCGAACGCACAACGUCGAGUCCGGAGGAAAUGAGAGAUCAGAUCACGACUGCCACGAGGGACAUGGGCGUCGAAGGUAUCGAUCUAGGCCCGUAUUCUCAAGGAAAGGAAAUCACACAUAAUCUAUAG